AUGCCUGCCAUGUAUAGCAAGGAUGAAAAGGUUCUGUGUUUCCACCACGACAUUCUCUACGAUGCCAAGAUCCUGGAGGUUCGUCACAAGGAUGCGGCCGAUAAGAAGAGUGUACUCGAGUACCUGGUUCACUAUAAAGGGUGGAAAAAUACCUGGGAUGACUGGGUUCUCGAGGAUCGCCUCCGAAAGGCAACGGAGGAGAAUCGCGAGCUAGCUGCCAACUUACGUCGUGAGGUCGAGGCGGCGGCUCGCCAGAAGAAUGCAAAGCCCACGGCCAAGAAGCGCGCCAUGUCGGAUCGCAGCUCAGUGCGUGACAGUGAGGAGCGUGGCAAUUCUGUGCCUGGCCGCGCGAGCAAGCGGGCUCGUGGAGAGACUGACAUUGAAAAGCUUUGGUCUGGUCUGAAAGGCUUUUUUCGCCGCGCUCAUAAUUCCAUGAGCUCCGGUCCUCUUACCAGACUUGCUGUGUCUCGUGAAAUUGCCGCUAACGAGGACCUGUCCCACCUUGAACAGGAAGAAACAUUCCACUCGCGUCCAUCUAUUCGUAUCGUGAUUCCCGAUAAUUUGAAAGCGUUGCUCGUCGACGACUGGGAACGCGUUACCAAGAAUGGUGCUGUCGUUUCCCUUCCUGCUCCCAAGCCCGUCCGCCAGGUUCUCCAAGAUUGGCGAGACGAGGAGGCCCCAAAGCGUGUCGAAAGUCGAAUCGACAUUGACGUCUUGGACGAGGUAAUUAUGGGUAUUCUUGAAUACUUCGACACCAUGCUCGAUAAGCUCCUCCUCUACCGCUACGAGCGGCCACAAUACCGCCUCUUGCGCGAGAAAUAUGUCGAAAACGAGGACAAAACUCCCGUGGACGUGUACGGAGCAGAGCAUCUCAUCCGCCUCUUUAGUCUUCUUCCCGAGCUGCUCGCUCAGACAAACAUGGAUCUCCAGGCCACGCAGCGUCUCCGAGAAGAACUGUCCAAGUUUUCUCUAUGGUUGUCCAAGAACUCUGAAAAAUACUUUCGGACCGAAUACAUCUCCGCCGAGGACGCUGUUGUGGAAAAGUCUGUCAAGGCCGCUCGCUAA